GUCAGCUGUUCAACUUUGUUUUGUCUUUCUUUUGUCUUUCAGAGUCAUCUCGAGUGGGCUCUGCGUAUCAGGCCGACAUUCCCGAGUUUGUACCGCCUGACAGGCGCCGGUCGGAAGAGCGACAGAACGAGCCAGAGGUGCCAUUGUGGGUUCCGCAGGAAAACAUACCGGAAGCCGCAUGUAGGUCCUGCCAACCGUAGCAGCGGUGCGCCUUCCCUGCUAAUUGGACUAACUCCUGCUCCUUACUCUCUGUUCCAGUGCAAGAGUUUUUAACCGUUGCCAAAGGAAGACAUAGCUUCAACGAAGAGCAGGCGAUGGCGCUGCUGUACCGGGAAGGCUACAAUCUGGAACGGGCAUACCACGCUUUACCCACCUACAUAGUCCAUCAUGAAACGUGGGCCGAGGAGCAGCGUGUACUGUUUGCGGAAGCGCAUUACUUUUAUGACAAUAACUUUCACCUCUACCACCGCAUUCUCCCGAACAAAUCGCUCCACAGUAUCGUGCAGUAUUACUACAAGUGGAAGAACGAUCCGACUGCGCCGAGAAUGAAGUCAAAAAUCUUAAAAAAGAAAAGGAGAGCCGUUUCGGCACUAGGCAGAGGCUCCGCUUUGCUGGUAAGUGCUGCAUGCAGUCUCUACAGUUAGUCGUUUCGUUUGCUCACGAGGUCGAUCAUGCUGCAUUAGAUGAUUUUUUUAUCACACUGCACACCUUUCUGCUUUCUUACCGUUCCAUGUAGCCAUCAACGAGCCGUGCGGGUAUGCACGGCGAUGGUGCCGGGACCAGCGGUGGAAACAUUCCGAACGGUGAAACAGGUCCCAGCACCAAUGGUCCCGUCCACGGCGAGAGCGAAGAAGGCGACGGGAUGCCAUCACGCGGCGAAGAUCAUCAUCGCCGCUGAAGGAUCUACCAUCAAUCGCUUACACUUUCAUUUUCUUUACAUUUUCAUCGUAUACCUAAUUUAUUUGCUGUAGCAUCACACAGCUAUGUAUUGUACGCCAGCAACUUCCUAUCGCAUGGGGGGAAAAAACUACACUUAGCGGAGAAAUUAUAACGAAGGCUGUCCCAUCCUACGAUAUGGCCAUUUGAACACAACUUGCCAGACUGGUUAGAUGUUUGCGCAGCUUUUUACUCUUGACUAGCGAUGGCUUUAGAUCAUUAGUUGCAGUAGUCGUUUGUAGCCCAUAUAAAAAAAGGAAGCGAAGCACAGCGCGAUAGCUCGGUAGUAAUAACAAAAAAGAGGAGUGGCUGCUAUCGGUGAGAUUUAAAAAGGAAAAACAGCUACCAGCAAAACAGAAAUUAGGAGCUGUUGCGCGUGUGUGCCUUAUUAGUAAAGAUUCGACAUUUCGGUGCGAUGUGUCUUCUGUGCCCGACGGCGGGCCAGGUUAAACGGCAAACGAAGUUACAUUUUUAAACUAUCAAACUAAUUUUCAAAACAUUUAAAAAAAAGCGUCCGCUGAACCUUAUUUUCGGCCUUCCGGCCAGAGCAAACCA